AUGAAAAGCAUUCUAACAAAUAUUUUCUUGUCUGUUUUUCUUUUUCCAUUAUAUCUUCAUGCAAUUCAAGUAAGUAUAAAUAAUCUUAAACCACGUUUGGAUGUUAAUGGUGUAAUUAUUGAUGCACAUGAUGGUAGUAUUCAACAAUUUGAAAAAAAUGGUCUUUAUUACAUGCAUGCAAUGCAAUAUGGUCUUUGUGAAGAACCACCAAAUUAUGGAUGUGAUGGAGCUGGAAUGCCAAGUAAAUGUGGUUUUCAAAUGGAUCAUAAUAUUAGUAUCUGGUCUUCGCCUAAUCUAACGUCUGGAUCAUGGUCAUAUGUAGGUAAUUCAAUUAAUGUAACUGAUCGACCAGCAGGUGUUGUUUUUCGGCCACACCUUGUAUAUAAUCCAAAAACUAAAUUAUAUGUUCUAUUUUGGAAUUAUAUGAGAUGGAAUCAGCCUAGUUUAUAUGCAGUUGGUAUAGCUGAAACACCAAAUGGACCAUUUAAAUUAGUUAAUCCUGCUCUCAAUGUAUCUCGAGGUGCUAGUGGAGGUGAUUUUGAUGUUUUUGUUGAUGAUGAUGGAACUGGUUAUAUAGUUUAUUCUCAAAAUUAUUAUAUGAGUAUUGAACAAUUAACACCUGAUUAUUAUUAUUCAACAGGAAAAUCCUAUAUGUUUGAUGAAUAUUUUGUUGAAGCACCCAUAUUUCUAAAGAAAAAUAAUAUUUAUUAUGUUUUAUUCGGUUGGUGCUGUUGUUAUUGUAUGCAAGGCAGUGGAGUUUUAGUUCAUACAUCUAAUAAUCCAAUGGGACCGUAUACACUUCAAACUGAUGGUGAUCUUGCUUGUGUUGCAAAAAGUAAUACUAUAUCAACAUCAUCCAAUGCUUUACCAACACCUAAUCAAGGUUGUGAAUUUCAUAAUAUAAACACAACAUCAAUAGCUCGAUCUCAGCAAAAUUAUAUUAUUAAAGUUACGAAUUCAAGUGGUUAUACAACAUAUGUCUGGACAGGAGAUAGAUGGCAACAAGCACCCGAUGGAAUUAAAGGUCAUGAACCACAGUUUUGGACUCCAUUAACAUUUGAUGAAAACGGAAAAAUUGGCAAAAUGAACUGGAUUGAUGAAUUUACUUUAGAUGUAUGA